CCGUAUUGUUGUCAUACUCUACAGAUUCUCGUACACACUUUUAAGUACAAUGGCUGACAAUAUUGCUGCAGUCCUGCACGGACCUUACGAUAUUAGAAUUGAAAAUAUUCCCAUGCCUGAAAUACACGAUGAUGAGGUGCUGGUUAAAAUGGAUUGCGUGGGUAUCUGCGGAUCUGACGUGAAGCUCUAUACCACUGGUGCGUGUGGAAUGGAAACCAUAUCUGAACCGGUUGUCAUUGGCCAUGAAGGCGCUGGAGUUGUUGUCGAAGUUGGUUCAAAGGUGUCAUCUCUAGUAGUAGGGGACCGCGUAGCCAUCGAGCCGACGCAGCCGUGCCGCGCAUGUGAGUACUGCAAGGUGGGGCGCUACAACCUGUGCGUGGCGCCGCGCUACUGCUCAACCACCGGCGCGCCCGGCAACCUCUGCCGGUACUACAAGCAUGUCGCCGACUUCUGUCACAAGAUGCCAGACAACCUAAGCAUGGAGGAAGGCGCGGCCGUGCAGCCCCUCGCUAUAGCAAUGCACGCCUGCAACCGCGCGGAGAUACGGCUCGGCCAGCGUGUGUUGAUCCUCGGCGGCGGACCCAUCGGGAUACUCUGCGCCCUGACUGCGCGGGCCAUGGGAGCUAGCACCAUACUCAUUACAGACGUGGUACAAUCCCGAUUGGACACGGCACGCGAGCUGGGUGCGGACUACACCCUUCUGGUGAAGCGAGACUACAGCGACCAAGAGGUGGUGGACGGUAUAGUGGCACAGCUGGGCUGUCAGCCUGACGUCACCAUCGAUGCCUGCGGGUACGCCUCCGCGCAGAGAGUCGCUAUGCUGGUAACAAAGACAGGGGGUGUGCUGCUUGUGGUGGGCAUCGCGGAUAACAAGGUGGAGGUUCCACUAUCGCAGGCGUUACUGCGGGAGGUCGACGUGCGGGGCUCCUUCAGGAUCGUUAACACAUACCCGCCGGCUAUCGCAGCAGUGUCCUCAGGUGCCAUUGACCUGAAGAAGUUCAUCACACACCACUAUCCGCUGCAGAGCGCCAGGGAAGCCCUAGAACUCGCCAAAUCAGGGAACGCUAUGAAAAUAAUUAUACACGUGCAACAGUACCUAUAUGUGUUUUAUUUCAUCAUCUUUUCUUGA